AUGAACCAGGUUUCGCAACAGCGCGCUCUCCAAGAUAUCGAGAAUGAGCUCGAUAUCACGAUCCUCCCUGGGACAGAGGUGAUGGUAGAUGUCGGGUCACAUCACUUCAUCAAGUCCGGAAAUGGUGGCGGAGAGGCGCGCGUCCUUGUUCCUCAGCCUUCUGACGAUCCCCUUGACCCAUUGAACUGGACCUACACCUGGAAGCUUAUCACGAUCAUUUGCGCCAGCUUUGUCUCCAUAAGUCAAAAUCUUGGUCCUCUCGCAAAUGCACCUUUAUUUGGCUUAUACAUGGAGGAAUGGAACGUUAGCUUAGCAGACGCCGUUCAAACGACAGCUGUGGCGAUCCUUGUUCUCGGUUUCAGCAAUUUAAUAUGGAUUCCGAUCUCAACAUGUUUUGGUCGAAGACCAGCCCUCAUUUUCAGUACUUUGAUCUGCACAGUGUCCUCAAUUUGGAGAGUUCGAUCAACAAGUUACAAGUCCUUUCUCGGAGCAUCUGCUCUGAAUGGUUUCGGUGCCGGACCUUGCGAGAGUUUGAUGCCACAGAUAAUUGCCGACAUUAUUUUCCUCCACGAUCGCGGUAAAUACCAGACAUUAUACUUUUCUAUCUACUUUGGGUCUCUCUCUAUCGGCCCCAUCAUAGCUGGCAGCAUGGCAGAACGAUUUGGAUGGCGGAGCUUCUGGUGGCUAAAUACAGGGUUGCUCAUCUUUACUCUAUUUCUCAACAUUGCCUUACUUCCAGAGACACGUUUUGCGCGGAAAACAGAGAACAAGACAGUAUCAGACCCUACUCCUCUUAUCGAUGAACCUGAAAUCAAGGGCAGUUCUGUUGUCGAUCACUCAGAAGAUGCUUCCGGUCAGGAGCCUCAAGACACAUGGCUAUCGCGUGGACAUCCGUCUCUCAAGCAAUUCAAGCUCUGGGGGCCUUACCAGGGAAACAUUUUGCAAGAGUUUUGGCUUCCAUGGUAUCUCCAUGCCUUUCCAAUUGUUGAAUUCGCCGCCUUUACUGUCUCUUUCUCAGCAUCCGGCUUUCUGGUGGCCAACUUGACCCAGCAGCAGUUUUUUGGAGCGCCACCUUACAACUUCUCGACCCAAUCAGUCGGCUUUACCAACUUUGCCAUAUUUACGGGUAGCAUGAUUGGGCUACUGACAUCAGGCCCAUUAUCAGAUUGGGUUGCGAAUUACUUCACUAAGCGCAACAGGGGCAUCAGAGAGCCGGAAAUGCGAUUGAUCGCAAUGUUGCCUUACACUUUGAUCAUGAUCAUCGGGCUUGUUGUAGUUGGUGUUGGUUAUAGCCGGCUAUGGUCGUGGAAAGUCAUUGUUAUUAUCGGCUACACUUGCCUCGGAAUGCAAGUGACAAGUUUGCCGAGUAUCGCGUCCACUUACGCUAUUGACAGCUACAAACCAGCCACGGGCGCUAUUUUCGUUACAAUUACCAUUAACAAGAAUCUGUGGGGCUAUGGUUUUGGCAAGUUCAUCACACCUUGGACAGAGCAGAUUGGGUACCUCGCGCCACUCAUGACACUCAUGACCUUGAUCACAUUCUUUUGCAGCUUCGGUAUUCUUUUUUGGUUCUGUGGUAAAUACUUCCGUGGAUUGACGAAGAAUUCGUUCCUACACAAACUAGACAGUUAA